UUACCUCGAUUUGGAGGGGCAGACACCCUCAACGAACUUACUUCCUCGAGCAACCACACCGACCGCGGAUCGCAACUUGCAGAUGCAGUGAGCUCAAUGGCCGACUAUUCCAUGUAUCAUGCCCUGGGGCAGGGCGAGCAGCUGGACCCCAACGAUCCCAAUCGCACCAGCCAGCCCGCACCUCCCCAGUUCCAACCGCCCGCGGCACAAUUCCCAGCUCAGCAGAGUCCAGCUUAUGGUUCUCCGGUCUCUGCAAACUCACCGCCUGGACAACAGCAGUACUAUGGCAGCGCAGGUCCCCAACCAUCGGCACCCGGCUAUGGCGCGCCGGUGCAAGCACAGCAGGCUCCCGGAGCGCAGGGUUACUUUCAGGGUCAGUCUUCUCCAGGUCAGGAUGCCGACCUGGCGGCACAGAUGGGGGGCAUGAGCCUAGGCCAGGAGGCUGCUUCAGUGCACGGGAAGAAGAAGAAGAAGGACAGGCACGCCUAUCAUACUGUUGAGGCUACUGGCUCGUCACAGGCUUUCAAUGGCAUUCCGCCUGUCGGGACGCCGGCGACAGCUUUCUUGAAUUCCGACCCUUCGGGAACCAGCGGCUUCGUUGGCCAAGUAGACCCGCAGGCCAACCAGUUCCCAAGGCAGGCUGGUGUACAAUUCCCUGCUCAGACCGGUACGCCGUUUCCUGCGCCUUCGUCGCAGUUCGCCCCAGUACCAGGCGGCCCCGUGUCGCCGCCCGCCUUCGCACCAAGCGGCGGUUCCUCCCAAGUUUCGCCCGAUGAGAUCCCUAGUGUCCCAGUCUCUCGUGACUCCGUUCAGCAAUACUUUUUCAGCAAUGUCUAUCCCACUUUCGAACGACAUGUACCUCCACCUGCCGCCAUCUCCUUCGUGGCCUACGAUCAGGGCAACUCGUCUCCUAAAUAUGCUCGUUUGACCAUGAACAAUAUCCCCUCGAGCACAGAAGGCCUGCAAAGUACUGGUCUGCCCCUGGGUCUCAUACUGCAACCUCUAGCCCGGUUACAGGAGGGAGAAUCUCCGAUCCCGGUUCUGGACUUUGGUGAUGCUGGUCCUCCAAGAUGCCGAAGAUGUCGAGCCUACAUCAACCCUUUUAUGAUGUUCAGGGCCGGUGGUAACAAAUUCGUCUGCAACCUUUGCACGUACCCCAACGAUACCCCAUCGGAAUAUUUCUGUGCGACCUCGCCACAAGGUGUACGUGCCGACCGAGACCAACGGCCGGAGCUCUGCCGAGGUACAGUCGAGUUUGUUGUGCCCAAGGAGUACUGGACAAGAGAGCCUGUCGGCAUGCGCUGGCUGUUUGUGAUCGACGUGACGCAAGAAUCUUACAACAAGGGCUUCCUUGAGUCCUUUUGUGAUGGCGUCCUGAGGGCACUAUAUGGCGGCGAUAGUAGUGAGGACGAAAAGGAUGAAAAUGGCGAGACCAAGGUGAAAAGGAGUAUACCCCCCAACGCCAGGGUCGGAUUCGUUACUUUUGACAAGGACGUACACUUCUACAACGUCAGCGCAUCCUUGGAACAAGCACAAAUGAUGAUCAUGACCGACAUCGAGGAUCCAUUCGUUCCGCUUAGCGAGGGACUCUUUGUUGAUCCCUAUGAGUCCAAGGCUGUCAUCACUUCGCUUUUGAGCAGAUUGCCGACUAUGUUUUCCAACAUCAAGAACCCAGAACCCGCGCUGCUUUCCACUCUCAACUCAGCAGUGUCAGCACUAGAGAAGACGGGAGGCAAGGUCAUUUGUUCACUCUCUGCGCUCCCGACCUGGGGCCCCGGACGCCUCUUCAUGAGGGAUGAUGGCAAGCAUCCAGGUGGCGAGAUUGACAAGAAGCUGUUCACGACCGAGCACCCUGCCUGGAAGAAGUUGGCGGAGAAAAUGGCAUCCAGUGGGAUUGGUGUCGACUUUUUCAUGGCUGCACCUUCCGGUGGCUACCUGGACAUUGCAACCGUCGGCCAUGUUUCGUCUACCACGGGUGGCGAGACCUACUAUUACCCUAACUUCAUCGCGCCUAGGGACAACACCAAAUUAUCGCUAGAGAUCAAGCAUGCCGUGGAACGGGAGACGGGUUACCAAGCCCUGAUGAAAGUCCGAUGCUCGAAUGGUCUUCAGGUUUCUGCUUACCACGGCAACUUUAUCCAACACACUUUCAACGCCGACCUUGAGAUUGGAGUUAUCGACCAGGACAAGGCCAUCGGUGUCAGCUUCAGCUACGACGGCAAGUUGGACUCGAAGCUGGAUGCUCACUUCCAAGCGGCCUUGCUGUACACCACAGGAAAUGGUGAGAGGCGCGUACGAUGCUGCAAUAUCAUUGCCAGCGUGAACGAAAAUCCACGCGAGAGCAUGAAAUUUGUAGACCAGGACGCGGUUUAUUCCAUCCUCGCCAAGGAAGCUGCAACAAAGCUUGCAACAACAUCGGCUUCUCUGAAAGAAAUUCGUCUCAGCCUCACUGAGAAGACGAUUGACUCAAUGGCUGGCUACCGGAAAAACCAUACCGCCCAGUCGCAUCCGCCGGGUCAACUCGUCAUGCCUGAGCGACUUAAGGAGUUCUGCAUUUACAUGCUUGCGCUCAUCAAGUGCAGGGCAUUUAAGGGUGGCAGCGAGACGUCGGACAGGAGAGUACACGAGAUGCGCAUGAUACGGUCCAUGAGCGCACUCGAGCUCAGCUUAUAUCUGUACCCACGCAUGAUUCCCAUUCACAACCUUCAACCUGAGGAGGGUUUCCCGGAUCCGCAAACUGGUCAUCUCCGCAUGCCACCCGCCAUACGGGCAUCUUUCAGCCGCGUCGAGACUGGUGGUGUCUAUUUGGUUGAUAAUGGGCAACAAUGUUUGUUGUGGUUCCAUGCACAAACGUCGCCCAAUCUCAUCGCCGAUCUCUUUGGAGAGGACAAGACGGAACUCAAGGCACUGGACCCUUACACUUCAACGCUGCCAGUCUUGGAAACACAUUUAAACGCGCAAGUGCGCAACAUAGUGGAGUUUCUGCGGACGCUCCGCGGUUCCAAGGGACUCACGAUCCAGCUGGCACGACAGGGCAUUGACGGGGCCGAAUACGAGUUUGCACGCAUGUUGGUUGAGGAUCGAAACAAUGAAGCACAAAGCUAUGUGGACUGGCUGGUGCACAUACAUAAAGGCGUCCAACUUGAGUUGACCGGGCAGAGGAAGAAGGAAAACCACAACGAAUCAUCGACGCUGUCAAACUUUGCCGGUUUGCGACCUGCGUACUGGUAG